AUGCUGCCGGCGGCAGCAGCCCCUCGCCUCACCGCCCUCUCGACCCUCUACACCGACCCCGCGUCCUCAUCGGCACGCCGCCAGUUUGCCGCCUCCAGCUCGUCCGACACGGCUCAAGGUCAGCUCACGCCCUCGUCGACUGUCGACCGACCUCCACCUUCGCCCAUGGCCUCUCCGCCCACCUCGGGCUCGGCGGCACUGCCGACAAGCCGCCUCCUGGCUCCGACGACCAACUCGCAGGCGUGGGCAACCCGUCCCGCAUCGGUCUCAGCCCUCAAGGCGCUCGACGAGCGCAUCCAGUCGUCGCCCCAGCCUCCUCCCAGUCCAGCAUUGAGCGAGUCGGGCUUCUCCCUGUACUCGCCGGUCACGCCUGGGUCGUCAACCUUCCACUUCGAGGCGCACCACCAGUCGUACUUCGGCGACGAGCCGUUCACGCCCGACCUCGCGGCGAGUGCGGCGGCGGCGAGCGUCGACAGCUCCGAGGCGCGGUCGUCUGACGAGUACGACGACGCGAGCAAGGUCGUGCUCGAGCCCGUCAAGGACCACGACGACCGCGAGCCGUUCCCUCGCGCGGGCACGCCGCCGUUCUCGCCGUCGCAGGCCAGCUUCACGACCGACCGCCUGUCCGUCCAGAGCACCGCCUACACCGACUUCUCGACCUGCUCGCCCUCUCCCUCGCCCUCGAUCGGCUCGGUCCGCAUGGCCACCUUCACCCGUAUCCCGAUGCGCGCCUUUCCGCCCUCGCGCGAGAGCGUCGGCGCCCGCAGCGUCCUGUCCGAGACGGUCGACGAGUCGGUCGAGGAUGCUCCCGAGGACGAGGACGGUAUCGUGUGGGACGCCAGAGCGCUCGCGCGAUCCAGCAUGAUCGACGCCGACCGCUUGCCGCAGGACCUCGCGGCAGUCCUGCGCGGCAAGCCGGCCGACCAGGAGCAGGAGCGGCCGUCCCGGCACGAGGUCACGCCGCCUGCGGUCGAGCACGCGGGCGAGGUCCUGCCCAAGAGCGGGUCGGCGCAGACGCAGCUCACGGUCGAGUCGUGGCAGGAGGGUCUCGACGCCGCUGUCGGCCAGCUCUCGGAGGACCCGUCCAUGACGCCCGAGGAGGACGCCAUGCGCCGCAUGAAGAGCAUCCUCGGCCCCAAGACCCGCAUCAUCUCGAAGGCGCCGUGGGUCCUCGAGGACGCCGACGACGAUGCGCCCCUCAAGCCUCUCGUCGGCCGCCGCUCGUUCGACAUCCUCACGACCGCCACGCGCAGCUCGAGCAGGCCGUCCCUCGCCGAGGCGUCCAAGGAGCCCGUCGUCGCCGCAGCCGGUGGCAGCCGCAAGUACGCCCGCUCGCACAGCGUCAACACGUUGCUCUCGAGCCGAGCGCUGUCGGACGAUGGCCGCCACGAGCCCGAGCCGAGCCUGGCCGGCCUGGGCAUCGGCCUCGUAUCGAGUCGAGGGCUGAGCACGUCCGACUCGAGGCGCUCGCUGCGCAGCCUGAAGCCGUCGCCCUCGGUCCCGCUCGGCUUGGGCGAGCCCUUGCCUGACGUCGCCGGCGCGAGCCUCGCCGCUUACGCAGGGCGGGCGACCGCGCGCCCGGCGGCAACUCGCGCCGGCUCGGCCGGGCGCGUGCCGAGAGUCGCUCGCACGCCGGCUUCCGUCGUCGUGGUCGACCAGUCGUCGGCGCCGGCGCCUCUCGCCUCGCCGACAUGGGCCGUGCCGCCGAUGUCGGCGCCGCCGACCGUCAGCCUGUUCGCCCAUGCGCGCGCCCUGACGGCGUCCGACUCGAAGGCGAGCCUCCUCACGUCCCCGGGCAGCGCGCCCUCGACGAGCCCGUCCCCCUCGACGCCCAACGCUCUCUACCACCUCGGCACGUCACCGGCAUCCUCCGCCGCCGGUUCGUACUUCUCGCAGGUGCCGGGCGCGUCGCCGGGCCCGCCGCCGUCGACCACGCCCAAGCCGGCCGGCGGGUUCGCCGGGCACCGCCUCAUCUCGCUCGAGGAGGCGCGACAGCGCGAGAGCGAGCGCUCGGCGGCGGCGCAGCGCAAGGCGGCAUCGACGCCGCCGCUCGAGACGGUCGUCGACCGCUCGGCCUCGCGCCUGCGCGAGCCGCGCACGCGCUCGUCGACGAACGAGUCGCUUUCGAGCCGGCGCGGCGUGCAGUCGCCGACCGCCAUCGUCACGAGCUCGCCAAAAGGCGGGCAGACGCCCAAGGCGAUCAAGCCCAAGAAGAGCGGCUUCCUCAAGCGCAUGAUGGGCGGCGGCGGCGGCGACAAGCACCCCGAGCGCCUUCCCGCCCUCGACUCGUUCCGCCCAUCUCUCCCGUCCAGCACGAGCAUCCUCUCGCUCAGCAGCACGACGCCCGGAUCGUCGCUCGGCAAGUCGGCCGGCCUGCAGGUGGCGGCCGGCCCCCUGUCGUCGUCCACCUCGUCCGGGCACAUCUCGUUCCUCACUGCGCCACCGACCGACUCGCGCGACCGCCUCAACAAGCGCCCUCACGUCCCAGCACUAUCCCUGCGCCCCAUCUCGAUGGCCUUCUCCGCCGGCCUCCCGUCCGACUUUCUCGCCACCAUCCCGUCGCCGAUCGUCAAAGACGAGGCGCCCUCGCCCGCCAUGCCGACGAGCGCACCCAUCCGCCUUCGCAGCCAGAGCGACAAGCUCACGCCGCCGCUGCGCUCGGCGCCGCUGCCGACCCUCGCCGAGCCGCUCGCCUCGCCGUACGCCGCCUCGUUCCAGUCGAGCAUCUCGCCCGGUGCGGCCUCGGUCCUCUUCGACGAGUCGCCUGCCUGUACGCCGUUCGGCACGGCGACACCCAUCACGCCGUCGUUCUGCGGCAACGCCGCUUCGCCGCCGUCCGACUCUGCCUUCACGGCCGAGCGGCUCGUCGCCGUCCAGGACGAGUACGCCGUCGCCCGUCGCGCCUGGGCGCACACGCAGUUUGAGCUCGAGUCGCAGGUCAAGGCGCUCGAGCGCGAGGUGCAGCGCCUGCGAGCGGGCCCGGCGAGGGCGUGCGACAGGUGCGGCACGACCGAGGGCGGCAAGGCGCGCGACGUCAAGACGGCUUCGGCCGUGCAGCGUCCCGGAGCCUUCGACAUUCGGCCUUGA